UGAGCCCAGUGAACAAGAAGUGAAUCUAAUGCGGCUGAGAGGACAACGAAGAAAAUCACGUUCUCUUCUCUCCGUGGAAACAGAGAACGAAGCUAAAGAAGCGCGCAGAUCUCACAAAUCUAAACGUAAAGGGAAGAAAUCAAAAAAGAAGAAUAAGAAGAAAGUAAUCAAGAAUAAAUUCAUUCUAACACUCGUCCGUACAAUGAAGAAUAAUACAGAGGAACAUCUAGAAACGGAGAUACAUUGCAAGCAUACACGACUUUAUCCUAACAAUACGUUUGUUAGAGAUCUUGUUACUAUACUUAAUGAUAAUAAUAUCAAGGUGAUAAACAAUGGUCGUGUAUUCGAACGCAACAAGGUGACUGAACUAAGCAAAGACAAGAAAGUGGAGAAAGUGCUCAAGAAGAUGGACGUGCGGAUGCCGCCGGAGGAGCAGGACACAACCAGCGUCACACCAGCGCUGCCUCAGCCACAUAACUCUAUUGGACAGAUACCGGUAAUGGAGGUACCAAAGCAACCAUGGCGCAACGGUAAGAAGCUGAAGCCGGGCAGGCUGGUGGAGGAGGCGAGUGGUUCCGGG